GACGAGAUUCGGUUUGGAGUUCUUAAGAUAAACAUUUUCUUGAAAAUAUAAACAACCUUAGGCGAACCAUUUUGGUACUCAGAAAUAACACGCAUGAGAGGCAUUUAUCCACUUGAAAGGCUCCAAAAGCUUCACCAGCUGUCCUUUCAAUCCAAUUAAAUCUCCAGGCGUUACUCACAUGGUUGACUCAAUGUGACCAGGAGGAGAAGGAUGUAAGUAAAAGCUCAAGAAAAUAAGCUUGAUCAUUGCUGCUACAGAGGAAGUGCUACAUAUAUAGAAUGGAGUGUGAGACACCGUUGAGAGACAAUUAUGGAAAGAUGACAUAUCAGUCUAACAUUGGUUCUGGAAAAUUACUUUGGCUAGAAGCAAUUAGAUUUGGAUUUAUCAUAAUAUUAGGAAACAAGAUAUUAUGGAUGAAGGGGCGUAUAUGAAUAACUUUGGGGAGUUAGGUCAUCGUUACGCUUUAUAGAGAUGAGCUUUACGUGUUCUUGACAGCUUAGGUUAGACAUUGGUGAGUGUAACUGGAGAGAUUAGAAAUUGAUCCGUCUCUAAUCAUGUGUAAGAGAGUAAAUCGGAUUUGAUAUCAUGGAAACCAUAAACAAAUUUGUCACAUUACAAAAUUCCAUCAUGUUAGAUGGAAGCAAUUUCGGUUGGAAACCUAGGAUGCGACACAUUAUCUGAGGAAUGCUUGGUCAGCUGUUGAACAAGGAUGGUUGCUCCCACCAUGCUUAUAGAAGACAAGAAACUUGCGCACCUAAAGAAAGAUGGACUGAUUCGGACAUGGCAACAUCUAAAUUCAACUCAAAGGCAUUAACAACAAUUUUCUCUGCUGUUGACCUAAAUCAAUUCAAAAUAUUUUAAGGGUGUGAAUCAGCUAAAGAAGUAUGGAUACAUUGAUCACUUACUUUGAAGGAAAUACAAGUAUAAGAAGAACUAGGAUUGAUCACUUGGUGUCCAGAUUUGAAAAUCUCAGAAUGGGAGAUGAUGAAUCAAUUGUUGGAUUCAUAUCUAAGAUUAGCAAGAUAGCAAAUGAAUCUGCAGUCCUUGGUAAGAAGUACACGGAAAAGAGCUUGGGCAAGAAGCUGAUGAGGUAUCUAUCUACCCCCUCGGUUUGAACCUUAAUUACAAAGCUGUCUUAAACAUCGUGUUGACAUUUAUGAUAUGGAAUUUAAUCAACUCCCUGGUAUCCUUGAAGUUCAAGACCUGAAGAAGUCUGAUGAGAGCUAAAUCAAAGGAAGAAGAUAGAGUGACGCGUAUUGGGGACAACUUGAGUCUGCUGGCUAGAAACUUCAACAAAUGAUUAAGAGAGUUGAAAAAGAAAAAAGUUGCUAUGGUGGACAAAUUCAAAAGCAUGAGUCUGAUCGCUUCAAUUCUCAAUCUUCUCGUUCUUAUAUGUCAAAGGGAAAUAGAAAGAAAAGCUUGCAGUGUCAAACAAUCUAAAGAAGGAAAAAUCUCUUGUGUGCUUUAGUGAUACUAAGUCUGAAAGUGACAGUGAUAAUGAAGAACUUCUUCACAAUUUCGUGGCUCUGGUUGGAUAAGAUGAAACACAUGAACUUCAGUUAAGCUUUGAUUCAUAUUCAGAGUCAAAAGUAAAAGAAGAUGUUCACAACGCCGAUAUCAAAACUGAAGACCGAGCUCACUUUGAUAAAUUUGCUGAACUUUGCCAUGAAAAUACGCAACUCAUCAAAGAUAAAGCUAUGCUACAUACACAUGUGAACAUUCUAGAAGUACCCUCUCAGUUUUUUUUGUUUCUUCCAACACUUGUAAGAUUUUGUAACUACUGUUGAUUUUUUUUAACCAAUAAGACUUGUAACAAAUUUCUUUAAGUGAGCAUUUUCUCUACAUUUUCAAAGAUUUUAUACAAACAAUUGAAACAUAUACUAAUAUAGGUGCUUUUCUGGUCAAUAGCACAUGCCUGUUCUUAUUUUGUUUUUUCAUUUAGAUUGUAGCUAUCUUCUACUUUCGAAAAAGGUAUGAAACAAAAAGAAUUUAUAUGCUAAUUAAAUAUGUUAAUUUCUUAGAGUGUCCGAUGUAUAGUACUUAAAUAGUUCUAACAGGUCAUGAUGUUGGUCUUAUAAAAUCUAUUAAAAUUUAAUAUUUUUCCUCAUUAAUUGUUAUUUACAGAUAAUAGUUCUCAUUAAUGGUAACAAAUAUCUAGAGAUACAGUUGAUACAUUUAAUAAUAUGAUGUACCUCAAAAUCUUGUCUUUAUGAAUACAAAAACAACCCCCAAAUUUUAGUAAAAAACAAUUAGAGGCAUUAUAUUCAAAAUAAACGGUCUCUUUUUGGGUAGAUAAAGAUGUCUUGCAUAUUAAAAGUGGUCCGUAGAGAAUAAAAGACCUCACCACUACAAUGUCACGCCACAACGCACCACAGCCACCGAGGGAUCUUACCAAGCAGCACUCAUGGCCGCAUGAUGUGAACCGCAACGAGGCUUGGCUCCGGAAGAAAAAGAAACGAUCAGUGGAUCUCAUUCCUCGAAGCAAGAGCGUCACGAACGACGAUCUCGAGGAGCUUAAAGGUUGCAUCGAGCUUGGGUUUGGGUUUGAGCCAGAUUCUCCUGACUUGAAUCAAAGGCUCACCGAUACAAUCCCGGCUCUAGAUUUGUACUGUGCUGUUCAUAGACAAUAUUGUAACCAUUUGUCCCGAACUUCGUCGUUCGCAUCGGAAACUGACAGCAUUAGCUCUAGCACCACAACGGUUCUCGACAAAGGUGACGAUCGGAAGACAGUGAAGCAGAAGCUGAAGCAAUGGGCUCGGGUGGUCGCUUUUUCAGUGCGGCAAGCCAGGAAACCCAGUUGAUGUUCUUUGAACUUCUUCUGAUUAUGCACAAAACAAAUGGGAUUGGUAACAUGAUUGCCAAUAUGAAUAAAAACGUAUCUCUAAGUCUAAGCUAUCAAACUGUUAAAUAUGUUUUGACGCCAAUUGCGCCUUUUUUCUUCUUCUUAAUAACCAAACACUUAGUUGUUUUGCGAAGCCAAUAGUUGCUUAUGCUGUUUUUAUCUUUGUUUUUCUUCAAACCAAUUAAAGGAUUCUCACUGAAUGUGGUUCAAAACCAUCGAAUGUGAUUCUAAACCAUCUUCUGAAUGUGAUUCGUAGAGAUGUCAAAGUAGACCGCAACCCGCAGAUUAUAUCCAAAUAGUCCAGUAGCGGGACGGACUUGGACAUAUAUAUACAAACCGCAAUCCGCAUCAGAUCGGCCUACUUGAACGUGGGUUGAUCCGCUUAACACUUCUAAAACUAAAAGUUUUGAUAGAAUAUCAAAAUUAUGAAUAACUUAAGAUAUAUGUUUUCUAAAUAUUUUAUUUUCUAUAAUAAAAAAAACUUUAAACUAUGUAAAAUAGGCCUGGGCAUUUUACCCGGACCCGAAGACCCGACCCGAAACCGAUCCGAAAAAACCCGGUUCGGGUAGGAACCGAUCCGAUCAAAUUACCCUAUCGGGUCUUGUUGUAGAGGACCCGCGGGUCUUGGACCCGACCCGACCCGAACCCGAAAUCCGAUGGGUACCCGAAUUAAUAAUGUAAAUUAAAUAAAAUGCACCAAGGGAGAAUCGAAGACGGGUUAUUUGUCUAGAGAAUAUGAGGGUCAACCACUAGGAGACAACGAAUUGUUGUUGUAUUUCGCAUAGUUUAGUAUAUAUACACAUUUUAAUAUAAUAAAAACACAAAUUUUGAAUAAAAUUUUGAAUAUUUUCGGAUAUAUAAAUAUUUUCAGAUAUUUUUUUGUAUUUUUAGGUCUUUUUUAGAUCGAACCCGAACCGAACCUGACCCGAACCGAACCGAAUCCGAACCGAUAAAUUCUAAUUACCCGAAUAGGUCUAACUAUCUAAGACCCGACCCGACCCGGACCCAGCACGACCCGAACCGACCCGGAACCGAAAAUUUGAAAUUACCCUAUCGGGUCCUAAACUUUUAGACCCGAAAGAUCCGGACCCGAAAGGACCCGACCCGAAUCCGACCCGACGACCCGAAUGCCCAGACCUAAUGUAAAAAUACAAAUAAAGGAAAAAAUAUUAUAAACAAGAAUAAACAAGACAUCUAAAAACAACCACAUUUUAUAUUUGCACAACAUAAAUUAGGUUUUAUGUUUCUUUUGACAAUUUGAGAACCUAACUAUUAUAGCAAACACAAUGAAGUGAAUUUUGUAAUCAACUAUCUCAACACUUUAAUUUUCAAUUACUUUGGAUCAGUUGAUAUAGUAUGCUUAUGGAUGAUCUUUGGCUUUUGUAUCUCAGUUCAUUAUAUGUUUGUUAUUCUCAGUUUUGUUAAUUCUUGGACACAAGUGUGGAAUGAUAAUUUAAAACAAAAAUAUUAUAUGUAAAUAAUCAAAUUAUAAGAAUACUGUAAAGUAUAUUUUCUUAUUCUCACUCAUUUUUUUUAUAAUUAUUUUAUCAUUUCUUUGGAAAAAUAAACUCUUUUCAAUAUAAAUAUAUCAUUUACAGAAGAAAAAAUUCAUGAUUUAUCUUUUUUAUAAUUCACACUCAAUGUAAAAUGAUAUUCAACAUACAUGAAAAUUACAUAGCAUAUUUUAAACAUCAU